AAUAUUUUACGUGUGACUUCAGAAAAGGAAAAAUCAUGAAAAAAGGAAAGCAGGUCGGCGAUGACAAUGAGCCCCCGACUUAUCUGGAAGCCACUGCAGGCUAUGGAGAAAUGGAGGCCCAGUUCGCCUUUGACGACAAAACCAUCAGACGGACCUUCAUCAGGAAGGUCUACGCCAUCCUCAUGGUUCAGCUGCUCGUGACAGUGGGCAUAGUUAGUCUCUUCUCAUUCUGUGAACCUGUGAGGUUUUUUAUUCAGACUCAUCCAGGCUUGUACAUGGCAUCAUACCUCACGUUCUUUGUAACCUACAUUGCACUCAGCUGUUGUGGAGACCUGAGGAGGCAGUUUCCCUGGAAUAUUAUUUUGCUAGUUCUCUUUACUUUGAGCAUGGCCUUCAUGAUGGGAUUUAUGUCAAGCUUCUACAACACUACAUCAGUGGUUCUGUGUCUGGGAAUCACAGCUUUGGUGUGUCUUUCCGUCACCAUCUUCAGCUUCCAGAGCAAGAUCGAUGUCACAUCCUGCGAGGGUGUCCUGUUUUCUCUGUGUAUGGUCAUGCUUCUCUGUGCCAUCACCAUCUCCAUUGUCGUCCCUUUUGGAUAUGUUCCCUGGUUACAUGCCAUUUACGCUGUGGGAGGAGCCAUCCUCUUUACUCUGUUCCUGGCAUUUGACACUCAGCUGCUCUUAGGGAACAAGCGCUACAGUAUAAGUCCGGAGGAAUAUAUUUUUGCCACCCUCAGCAUCUACCUGGACAUCAUCUAUCUGUUCAGCUUCCUGCUACAGAUCAUGGGAGGAGGCCGAGAGUAAAGAACCACUUUUGUCUCUGCAGCUGCAACUAAACCUAACAACCAACUUAGAUGUAUUACGCUUGUGAAAAAGAUGACACGGAUAUAUAGUUUUUGAAGAAUCUCUAUUUUUUUUUGUAUAUACAUGCAUCAAAACUAUAUAAACAAAGUGAGAACAAUGUGUUUGUUCUCUGCUUUGGUUAUGUAUUCCUGCAGCUGAUAACCUUAUUGGUUGUUCACUGUAUUCUCACAAUUCCUGUUUAUUUGUUUUUGCAUUGUUCUGGGGUCUGCACUAUCCUACAGUUGUGCGUUUAAACAGUCCUUUUAUAAGUGGAUAACUCAACAAAAAAACACAGCUGACUAUGCUCCAUUUCUUUGGCUGCAUUACUGUAUUUCUCCAUCAAUUAGCCAUAAAUGAUGAAGCUCAGCUCGGCUGAGUUUGCUUUAAAAACUGUAGAUAAAGUUUUUUUUUUUACUUGUUUUUAAAUCUCAUUAUCAUAGAUGGAUGCUUAUUUGGAGAAAAUACUACAUCAGUGAAAUAAGGGGAUUUUAUAUCAAGACUUCACAAACCACAAAGGGAAAGAAUAUAUAUAUUUUAAUAACAUAUUUUAUUUAUUAGAGAUCUGUUGCAACUUCUAUUGUAACUUAAA